UCUGUGAAGAGGAAGAGACAGUUAGCUCAGAGUUAGCUCCGCGGCUAAAAGGAGGGAAGCUAAGAGUCUGCCGUUUGGAUAACGAUAUUAACAAACGUAUAACACACGUAAGAAACCUACAAAGUGCACACAGCGUGUAUGAUUGACUGUCAGACGGCCAUCAUCAUGAAGUGCCCACGUUACGAGGCUGCCAUGGUUAACGGUGUGGAGAAAAGCUCAGCUGCUGCAGAGUCCAGGGUGUUGCACCUAAAAGCGUCUCCACUGAAGGAGCCCCCCAACAUCAAACCCCAGUGUCCCCCUGCAGGAGCCCCCACAGUGUUGUUCAACAACACCAGCAGAGCGGUGCACAACAAGGAGAACAACACCGGCAGGGAGCACGACAGGACCGUGGACGACCGGUUUGAGGACAGCGGGUAUCUGUCUCGGAACAACAGUCAGAUCGAUGAGCACCACGGGGAGGAAGAGGAAGAGGAGGAGGAACGAAAACCUGCACGUCAAGACAAGACCACAUCACCAAAGAGCUCUCCCUCCAAAUGUCCAGAGAGGACCGACUCCAACACUCCUGUGGAUCGACACAAGACGACGGCGGCGACGUUCUCGCUGUCGUCCACGCCGUCCGACCGCCACAGAGACCCAAACCUGCCCAUUCUCAACUUCCAGAGGGCCGUGUGUGAGGAGCUGGCUAAGAGCUACCAGAAGAACAAGAGGUACGACUGGAGCGUCAUCACAAAGGUAGCAGAGCAUCACCUCCUGGAUCGGGUGAUUGGAGGCCAGAUGGGCCGCGAGUACGUCGACGUGUUUUCAUGUCUGCUGUCGAGGAGCAUGAGGAGCAUCCUGACCCACAUCCUGUCCCUGCUGGGGGACCUGGACCUCAUCAGCUGUAAGAAAGUGAGCCGGACCUGGAGGAGGAUCAUCAGUGAUGACUCAGCAGCUCGGAGUCGAUGUGGGAGAGCGGAGCAGACGCUCAGGGAGUCGAGCAGCUCUCUGAGACAGAGCGGCUGUGGACUCACUCGAGACGUCUCCGUGUCCCGGGUGGUGCUGUCCUGCAUGCAGGCGCUGGCCUCCUCAGGUACUCCCUCUUCCUCCUCCACCCCGAGCUGCAGACUCAUCAGACGGCCGGCUGUCUGUCAGAGGGGCGGCACACCGACCCCCCCGUGUACCCGCUUCACUGAAUACCUGCAGGCCGCCAGCGCUCUGAAGCAGCACGAGUCUCUGCGUCCCUGCAGACGCUGCGGCUCUCCGGCGACGCACUCGUCGGAGGUCCAGAGGGCCACGUGCACUCGGGCCGGCUGCCUCUUCGACUUCUGCACCCGCUGCCGGGAGGCCUUCCACGGCUCCACGCCCUGCAGGGUGGUGCGUCCUCGAGCGCACACCCCCGCCCUGAAGACCACGCCCAUCGCACCGGGCGGCGCUCGCAGCAAGAGGAACAUCCGGCGCCUGUGACCGGAGCCUCGCCCCGAGGCUUUUAUUCUGCUUUUAAAGCUCCAGGAAGCUUCUGCUGAAGCACUUGUUUACAACACUGCUGGACAAUCAACCAGAAAGUGUCGACCGGACAAAAACUGUCGUCGUGUGUGAGCGACGACGGGAAAAAAGAAAAGAGAGAAAAGAACACUGAGAACGCUUUAAAUAUAUGUAUCACUUUUAUUAUGUUUUAAAAUGAAAUGGAUGUAAAUAUAUAUUGAGGCUUUUUAAAUAGUU